UUUAGAAAUGUAAAUUUAUAAAUGCUAUUUCGAAACCAGAUCGACUCUUUUCAACUGUUCAGGCUCGACAGAGGCAGCAGCCAUGUCGAAGAAGGAAGACACCAGUGCAACCAGCGUGGAGACGAAUCCAGCUGAAUCGGAGAUUUCGAUGGGUCGUGGACCGGGUUCAAGGUCCUUUGGGGGAGGCGGUAAGGGUGGGAGUGGUAGUAGUGGUGGCACAUCAGGCGGCACUAGCCUCAGACCCGAAAGGAGCUCGCGACGAGAUGAAGCAACCGACCAAGCAACGGAUUCCAAGUCAACACAUCGCAAGCUGAUGAGCGAUUCCCGCUUCCAAAUCCGGCCACUGCAGCAGGUGAUCUCGGCCUGCACCGGUGCCAUGAUCACGGCAUGUUUCAUGACGCCGCUGGACGUGAUCAAGACCCGCAUGCAAUCACAGCAAACUUCGGCGCAUAAGUGCUUCUUCUACUCAAACGGCCUGAUGGAUCACCUCUUCGCAAGCGGACCUAAUGGUCCGGAUAGGGCAAAUCUUCGGCCCAGACCACAGUUCACCAGUACCUGGGAUGCACUGAUGAAGAUCAGCAGGCACGAGGGAUUGGCCGCCCUGUGGUCUGGACUUGGACCCACUCUCGUCUCCGCCCUGCCCUCCACAAUCAUCUACUUCGUGGCCUACGAACAGUUCAAGGCCAAGUACCUUCAAAUGUACGAGAGCCAAUGGAAUAGGAGACCGCCACUCAGUCAUAUGGAUUUCAGGGGCUCCAAACAGAGUCUUCCGUUGGUGGUUCCCAUGAUGUCAGGCGUUACGGCUAGGUUUUUUGCAGUUACAGUGGUGAGUCCCAUCGAACUGGUCAGGACCAAGAUGCAAGCCCAGCGUCAGACCUACGUCCAGAUGAUGCAGUUCGUCCGAAAUGUGGUUGCUCUCCAGGGUAUUUGGGGAUUAUGGCGAGGUUUAAGGCCCACGAUCCUCAGAGACGUGCCCUUUUCCGGGAUUUACUGGCCCAUCUACGAGUACCUCAAACAGAAUCUUGGCAACAGCUCGGAGCCCUCGUUUAGUGUGAGUUUUUUUGCUGGCGUUUUGGCAGGAUCAGUGGCUGCCAUCGUAACGACGCCUUUCGAUGUGGUUAAGACCCACGAACAGAUUGAGUUUGGAGAAAGAGUCAUCUUCACGGAUUCACCAGCAAGAGAUUUCACAAAGAAGUCAACCUACAGCAGGCUGGUAUCCGUAUACAGGAUGCAUGGCGUGAAAGGACUAUUUGCAGGAUGCGGGCCGAGGCUUUUAAAGGUGGCACCUGCCUGUGCCAUCAUGAUAACCACCUUCGAGUACAGCAAGUCCUUCUUCUUUUACUACAACGUGAGGCAGCAUAACGAGGCUUUGCUGUUGGGCAACCCGAAUGCCAAGCUGGUCAAGGAUGAUGACAUUGAGUAGGACUAUCCUGUGGGUUGUGCAGUCGAGGUGGUUACCGUUUGUAAAUAAACAUACCAUAUUUUAUGUAA